AUGGCCGAACCGCCGCUGGGCAGCCGCGUCGUCAACGGCGUCGCUACCGUCUUCUGGACCUCCGUCUACUUUUUCUACUUCUUGUUCAAGUUCGUUCAUUCUUAUUUCGAAUAACAUUCUUGAGACCAUGGAAAUAGUCUCACUUAUUUAUGAAAAAGAAAAGGAAAUUUUGUAACCAAUGUUUCUUUUUUGUGCACAUAUAUUAUACGGCUGUUCCAAAUACUAUUAUUCUCUUUAUUUUUUGUUUUUCUUCGCCUUGCUUUUUUUCUAUCUUUGUCACUCUAAUAUCAAAUUUCCUUUUGUUUACUAAUUUUAUCUUAUAAGCUAUAGCUAGCUUCUUUUUUUCACCAAGGCAAACUAUCAAUCUCAAAAAUUCGCUCAGAAUAAAAAAACUAAAAAAACCCUAUUUUUUUUGUUAUCACAUUUCAAUAAUUAACUUCACAAAGGUUAUUCUCUUCCAAGUUCAAAAAAAUAGCUUCAAAAACAUUAUUUAAGUUUUUUUUAGUUUUAUAGACCAUGAAAAAUAGAAAUCAAAAAUAAACUAUACUCAAAAAUUUAGAGAAUCGAAAUCAUUUAUUUUGUUUCUUCCAAUGAAAAAAAUGAAGAAAAUAAGAAAAUUUAUGAUCUUUCGCCAAAAAAACUACACAAAUCUGAGGCUUUCCUUCUCCCAUGAAAUGUUUCAUGAUACAAAAAAACAUUCUACUUCAUAAACGUUUCCCAACUUUCAUAUAAACAACUGUUACAAAUUCAAGUUUCAAAAACAUAAAAAAUAAAACAUUUCGCGUUCGAUCUUUUCAUAUAUUACGCUUAAGAGCUUAUCGAGCUUUGGUAAAACAUAACCUGAUUGAAAGUUUGAAAAAAGUCGUCCUAACAAAGAAUCUCCAUGAAAAAAAUUCACGUUUUCUAAAUGUGAAAUUUUCGUUUUGCUACUAUGACUAAGUGUAAAAUAAUUGUUAUCAGAACAUUUUUCAAGUUUCGAAAUCUUCGAAAAUUCGAGGCUUUUUUAAUACUGUGAGAGCUUGGCCGUAUAAAAAAACAAAAUUUUCUCAACCAGCAAAGUUUUGCUCCAAGGGAAGAAUAUAUUAGAAAAACGGAGCAAAAGAAGGUUAAAAAAACGUCUCCAAUGAAAAUUAUAGUGUGAUGUCAUCAAGAAAUUAUAUAAAAGCUUUUUGAAAGGUUAGAGAAGAAAUUUCCCUUAUUUCCUAACAUUUGAGGGAAUAAUGAGCUGGUGGUAGAUUUCCAUUAUUAUUUGAUUCAAAAAAACAGUUUUCCUACUAACAUUCAUAGUAAAAUUUUCGAAGCCCGUUUUUCCUCUUCUUUUCAAACUAACCAGGGAAAGUUAUUUUUUCGAGGGGUGAAAAACGUUCCCAAGCAAAGCGAAAAUUUUCUAUUUUUUUGGUAUUACUUCCGAUAAAAACAAAGAAAGAAACAACAAAAACUGGAAAAAUGAAAUGAAAAGUGCGGAGAGCUCUGCAAAAAACGAGUAUUAAUGCAAUUACCCGAAAAACGGAUGCGCCGUUUCUCUUUUUUUCGAGCAAAAAAAGAUAGAGGAAAUCUCUUUUCUACAGUUUUGCGACUCGAAAAAGGCAGCACUUGUUACUUAAUUGUCCACCUCUAACGUUGAUUUCUUUUUCGUUUAGUGCGUCUGUGUGUCUUUGCAGAAGCUUUUAAUGGUGAUUUCCAACGGAAAUAGCCUACUUCAGCGUAAUGAGAGAAAAGAGUGGGUGCAAAAUAGGCCUGGACGAGAAAUUGCUGGUUAUUGAACUCUAUAGUUUUUAUACACUGGAUAAGCUAGCUAAAGGAAGGGUUUUCAAGAUAGAAUGCGACUUUUGAGAAACAAUUUCGAAGCCAUUGCAAUUUUAAGCAUUUAAGAGUAGGAAAGAGAAACCAAAACAAAAGUUCAUCUUCAGAUUGAUUGAGUGUUCAAAAUAAAGAACUUUUUUCAACCUCAGUCUGCAGCUGUUAUCAUUUUAAAAGAAACACUGACGAUCUCAGAAAUUGUCAAUAGAGCGCAUUUGACAGGAGGAUAACGGCCUUUGCAACCUUUUUUUGCUGUGAAUUGCUCAUUAUGAUGAAAAAAUUACACUAAAAAACCGAUAGCCGUGUUCAGAGUAACGACUGAACAUUUUUACUUUCAUUAACUCACUUUUCAUUAGGCUCUAACCAUCGCUAUUCUCUCAAACUUCGGAAAACAAAGUUGAAACUGAAGUGAACUUGUAAAAUAAACUAAAGUUCUUUUUUUAUGGGCUUCGUUCUCAAGGCCAAAAUAUUUUUUAUAAAUUCCUCACUUUUUACAGACUUACUUCCUUUUCUGUUAAAAUCUAACUUAAGUCCUUGGAAAAAUUAUUGGUCGAUCUUUUUUUGAUUGAGCUGUUCACUAACUUCAUUUUUACACUAACCAAUUUUUUGCAAUUAUUAUAAUGUUUUGUUUUUUUCCCCCUAAGUAGAGUGGGGUUUAAGAAGUGACGAUCAUCAUAAAAACGACUAUAGUCAUUGAUAAAUGCUGAAUAAAUAACUUGCAGAGGUAAAUCCGAGUGGAAAUGCGCGACAGCAAGCCGUCCUUCGACCAAAAUCUGCUGCGUGGACGGUGACCGUUGCUCUGACCACGCCUCGACGUCUUCGGAUUCCACUAGAUCUUACUUCAACAACUACAACUCGACCCAUAAAAGCUUCACGCCGAGUAGCCAGAACGGCUGGCUGGACUGGCUCCGACGAUCGGCCUCUUCCGCCGUUCAUUACACCAAACGCCUGGCCGCAAAAGCUUGUGAACUUGCCCACAACUUUUAUCACUGGGCACGUCGCUUGAUUCACUGGCUUUUCGGCGUCAUCAAGGCGUUCUUCGGCGCGUCGCUGCCUUCGCAGACGCUGCCAGCCACGCCGAAGCCGUACAAAGCCAACGGCCUCGAUUCGCCUAGCUACAACAAAGUGACGUUUGAGCCCCCUGAGCCGGAGAUGCUCUCCAAGGAAAUCGACCUCGCAGUGAAUGAGACCAACGACGACGAUGAACCAACGAUCCGCGAGAAUAUUGUUGCACCGAAACUGAAGGACGUACCAGCCAAGGUCAGCGUCAAGGACAGAGUCCAGCAGAGAGAAGAAGCCACGAAAGUUCCGCCGACCGGAGAAUCGUUCUACUAUGAAAGAGUCUACGAAGAGCCAAAGAGGUACCACAACUAGGAAAAAAGGACGAUUUUAGUUUUUUCAGAGAGAAAUCAGUGCCUCCACCUGCACCACCGCCUCCGCCGGCCAAGCCCAUCCGCGUACAGGCUUCUGCAGAGCGCGAGACCACGACUCCUGGCCGAGAAAAGUCCAAAGAAGUCCGUGGCGGGAUCGGAGGCUUCAACCGUGAAGUCAUGAGCGAGUUAGAAGGUGAGGAAACAUUUGCACGGUCGGAAAGAUGAUCAUAUACUUUUUUUUGAGUUUUUAAAUUGUAUAAAAAGUAAACUUUCUUGUUUUUUUUUGUAGAAUCUUUGUGAAACCAAAAUGGUCUGAGAAAAAAAAAAUGAAAAUAUUGAUUUGCUUUGAAAUCAUUGCUCACAGAAAGAAAAAAUACUAAGAAAGAAAGCAGGUCUUCAAUCAAAACAAAAAAAUCUAUUGAAGACAUGAAGCUUUUAUCCGUGGGAAAGCGAAUUCCAAACAAACUUUCACCUUUGGAUCCUUUAGAGAAAAAAUUACGCUUUUUCAAACACACUCUGCAGCUGUCAUUAUUUUGAGAUAGCCUAAACAAUGGUGAUCUAAACAAUUGUCAGUGGAGCGUACUUGACAGGUGAAGAACGGCCUUCGCAACUUCUUUUUUCUAUAUUUUGCUCAUUCCGAAUCUUGAUCUUACUAAUGGGAGUGAACUUCCUUUUUCCUGGGGCAUUUAAAAAACGAAAUAAAACUAGAUUUUUUUGUUUUAUUGUUUCUGCUUUUUGGAUGAAAAAUGAAGAGAAUAUUAUUUUUUCGAAGUUCCCUCUGAAAGUAGACAAUUCAGAAGCACAACGACAAAGAACAGAACGAGGACUAUCCGCCCAACGGGAAAUGACACAGAGCUGCCAUCCAGACAUGGCACAGUGGAAGCAAGUCGAAGAGUGAGAAAUACGAAAGAACUCUUUGAAAACGCUGAUCAACUCCAGGUCGGAUCGAUCAGCAGCGUCGACGCCGUGGCGAGCCAGCAGCGUCGGACCGUCGAUGCGACGUCUGGAACAGGUCGUCAGCCGCGUCAACAACGACGACGACAACGAAGAGGCCAACUUUGUCUUCAGGUUGGAUAGGGUUUUUUUGAGGCAUUACGGAUUCCAUGAACAUAAGAGGUUUAGCGAAGAGAAAAAGAAUGGAAAGAUUCCAAAAAUCAAAAAUUAAAGACUUCCCAAAGGACAUACCACGAUAAAAUAUAAAAAGAUUUGAAAACCACCUUCUAAAGAACUUUCUCAAGAAAAAAGCUUUGAACUUGAUAAAAGUUUAAAAAAGUUUCAGCCAGUAGGUUCUUUCAGGCCAAAACAGGCAGCCGACGGCUAUAUGAUGGGCCGAAGCGUUUUCACGCCCGUCGAAGAAGCCGAGCAAAUGAGGAGUCACAUUAACAAGUGAGUCACUGUCAAUUAGUACGUUUACGUAACGCUUCCAAUGUUUUAUUCUUAAAACUUCCCUUUCCUACAAUAUUCCGUCAGAAUGAGUCAUAAAUAUAUGUUCAAACAGUCAUUGAGCCGAUAAGUUCGAAAUUUUCAAUUAUUAAUUUUAAGCACAAAGUAUCAUGCCAAAAGUUGAUUUCGAAUAAUGUUCGUAAAGACAUGUAUGAAGUUAAUAAGUUGAUUUCUAUUCAAAUAAACUCCGUGAACCAAAAAAUUUCUCUGAAAGAAUGAGAGUAAAAUCUAAAAACCUACAGAUCCACUGGCACAUCGACAGCCGGGGGUUAUCACGGAGGAGAUCACUAUGAAGACGUCAGGAGCUCUAGAAGCACACAAAGGUUAGUUUGCGCUCCAUUGAUAAAGUCCAAUUUUUUCUCAUUUGCAAUCUCUGACUGUUCUUGGUAAAUCUAACAAGCUUCAACUUAGAAUGAUUGAAGUCGAAAUAAUGUUGAGUUGACAGAGAAAUUUAUUGAGUUAUUUAAGUUUUUUGAAGAGAAGAAAAUUGAAAUCGGCUCUCCUGAAAGAUUUUUCGCUUCAAACUAGUCCGACUCCAAUUUCGAUAUUUUCAUAUAGUUUUUUGAGAAAACAAACUACGUUCGCAGAUGUUAUUUUUCUUCGGAGCACAAUUGCUGUUUUUAUUUAAAGUCUCAGGUUUCCUGAGAAGCUAUAGUGAAGUGCAUUUGAGCGGCAGAGAUGUGAUGAAUAAUCAAAUGGAGGGAAAAGAGAGAGGAAAUUUCUUCGUUAAUUGCGAACCAAAUCUUUAUUUAUGCAGAUUUUCCCGUAUUUUUGAGGGAAAAUGCAGAAUUAUCGGGCUCUUUUGAGAUAGUUCAAGUACGGAACAGUAAAUUAAACAACACAAAAUAGAUAAUUUUAUUCGAGAGCUUAUUUCUUAAAGAUGAUAAAGUUUGUAAACGCCUUCUCCGAAAGUUUGUUCGAAAGCAAUAGUUUGAUUGUAUCAGAGAACGGAAAUUCAUGAAUUAAAGGGAGACUUUCGUUUCCUAGAACUCACAAACGCACCAUAGACGGUUUUUGAGCUCUUCCAAGUUUUGGAAAACAUUCAAACUCUCACGACAAGUCCAUUUCUAUUUCUGUUCUGCAUUACUUCCUAGAUUUGCAAUUUACAGAUGAAAAUAAGGAAAAAAAUUUGUAGCCAAGAACGAAUGAAAAUUGCGCUCCGUGGCGAAAAAUCGCCGCGGGGCACACAUACGGAUAUAUAUUCAUUUUUCUAUAGGGAAUGCAACACGUGCACUAGUGAAAUUGUCUUUGGAGGCGAGAUUCGGGUUUUUCUCUCUCACUUAGGCUUGUGGGAACUGAGGAAUUGAGAAUUGAAACGCGGAAGUUUCUGAUUUGCCUAGAAAGUCUAGCAACCUUCAUUAUCUUUCAUUUUAGAUGCCUUCUUCGAUCAUUUAAAACAAAAAAGACUUUUUUGGAAGACACAUAAACAAAAAAAGUCCUCUACAAAGGAACUAUUUAUUGAAAAAAACCGUUUUAUAAAAAAACUGUGAAUUUAUAAUGUAAAGCAUUUGCUAACCUUCAAAAAACAAAUAAUUUCUCUAAAAAUAUCAAAUAACAGUUUUCCAUUAAAUUAUCUUUGUUGUUGUCUCGAAAUCUUAUUACUUCAUCGCAGUUACAGUAAAUUGCAAAUAGGCCUAGAGCUCUGCUAAACUUUUGGAGGAACCAAGUCUCUUUCGUUCUGAUAACUGAUAAAGGUAUGAUCUGAUCAAUUCAAACUACAUAAAGUUACAGUAGGAGCUCAUAUUAGCUGUCUCUCAAGUCGAAAAAAAAGUCUUCGAUGAGCUUUCAGAAGCUAGAAAAGCUUGAAAAAGCUCACAUGUUGGUUGAAAGAUAUUUACCUAAGAAAAAAAGAUCGUUGAUGAACGAAGAGCAGACAAAUUAACCAGCGGAGCAAUAAAACUGAAUAUCUCUGGUUUCUCUCUGAAGCUCUCUUACUCUCUCAGUGACUGCCCCCACAAAAGGGCGGCGGCUCGGCAAAUCGACACGAAAAGUAAAUAACAGAAGUAGGAAGAGGAGCAAAAAUACUGGGAGAAGCGCUGACGGCGUCAAAAGAAGAAUAAGUAAAACAGCCGCGGACAAAAUACUAAAUCUUAAGAUUUUGUGGAAAAAAUUGCUUUUUAGAAAAUUGACAUCGCGCAUUCGUCUAUGUGAUCAUGAUAUUAGUAAGCACAAAAAUUUUUUUAUUCUAUUACUCCGUUAAAAGUUUCUGAAAAAAAUGAGAUAUUUUGAGAUCACUGCUGUUUCACUUUUUCUACAACAAACGUUCAUACUAACCAGGCAACUUUUUCGAUUUUUUUUUCAAAGAAAUUUCAAGUUAGGAAUCAAAACUAUUGAUUUCAUUUUCAAUAUCCCAGUCGCUUUUUUUUUCUCAAAUACAGGCCAUGGAGCGCCUGUUGAAACUGAUUUUCUCUGAUACUUCUCAAUCCUCCGUAAAAAAAAAAACAUGAGCAAUACUUAUCGAUAGCUAAAUAUUAUAAUUUCCAGUGGUCAAAAUUUCCUUGCCAACGUGCUACACUCGUUUCUGCAAGAAUUAGCCAAGGAGCACACAUGCUUCGGACCUUUCGCGGCUGUUUUUGCGGCAUCUGUGUACCCAAAGGAGUGUUAGAACAAGAAGAAGCAUACUACGUGACGACGGCGCAAUCCAAUUUCGACCUUGUGCUCUCGGCGUUCAAUUAGACAACUCCUCGUGCUCUCCUCUUGAUGCCUUCGUCUUCUUCGCCCUCUUGUUGCUGCUCAAACAAGUGUAUUCACGCUCCGCAAAAAAGAGCCAAUUAAACUGAUGUGCAAGUGACAGUCGUGGCAUUUCCAUGAAGUUCCUUUUACAAGGCAGGUUCACGUAGUUCUAGGUUUGAUAUAACCUAUUAAUACCUUCUACAAUUCGAACUCGAAUACUCCUGCGAGAUCUUCUAAUUCUAGAGAUAUAAACUUCAAAGUCCUCACAUUUUGCCAAAGUGACCAGUGUUAAAAGUGAAAAACUUUGAAAUUUUCUAACGCGAAAACGAAAAAUUCAUGCAGAGAGCGAUCAAGUAGGAUCGAUUAGUGGUAAACGAGCAAUUUUUUUAAAAUAAAGUUCUCAAAAAUUCGAAGUUAUCAUUAAAAUGAUCUUUCUUGUUAGAGGAUCUUUCAAAAGAACAUAUUUUCCAACGAAUUAAUUAAUGAUAAACAAGAUUUGAUGCACACGAAGGUCAAUUUUUUUUCUUUGAUAGUACGGCACUCUCUUUUGAACCUCUGGUUCAAAUUUCUGAUUUUUGUCACAUCUAAUUGAGAAAAAAUAAUCUACUCAAAAAAGGAAGCAGAUAGGAUUACCGAGACAAAAAAAAGUCAAUAGUACAGUCUGAAAACUGGUCUGCACGACGACAAAAUAGGUGAGCAAUUACAGAACUCAAUUGGUCCAGGAGGAGGAGUCGAAUUACAAAAAAUUCUGAUAAACUAGGUGUAAAGAGACGGUGGUCACGGAAAUAAACGGUUUUUUUAAUUUCGGAAGGUAGUACUGACUUCAAUCCACGAAAAUUAGGAAAGAGCGGCUGGCUUGUUCAAAAUGGUCUACGCACACGUAUUUUUCAAUAAUUACAUGUUUUGGAAAACUUUUCAGAAACUUUUUCAAACUACGGAGCAGUAGACAUUGAGCCUUACAAGUUUCAAUGCCUAGAAAAAAUCUUGGACAUUGCGUUCUCAAACCACAUUAACUCUCUUACGACUGUAGAUGUAUUUAUUAUGAAAAUACUUGGAUAAACCACAAAACUGAUCGCAAUGAGUCACGAAUAGCCCAGAUUUGACUAGGGAAGUAAGAAAGGUACAAGGAAAUUAGGCGAAUUUUCUGAGGUGAGAAAAUUAGAACGUGGCCUUUUUUCGACGGUUGCCUAGGCGAGCAAUUGUCGUCAGCUCAAAAGUAAGAAAAAGCCGGAGAGAAAAGAGGUUAGAGACGUCUUACUCAUUUCAAGAGUUGUCGGAUCAUGUCAACAAUAUACCUUUGUUAAUCUAAAUAUGGACAUUUAUCACCUGCCGCGUCGUUUUUUCUUGUGGAUUAGCUAGAUUUUUCGGGAAGGGCGUACAGAAUGAAUAGAAGAUGCGAUGAGUAGCUUGUUGGCUUUUCUCGAUAGAUUUCUCGUUUAUUUAGAAAAAAUUCUCGAUUUUAUCUUGUUUCCUGCUUUUCCCGACUGUUAUGGAUAGAAAAGGUCUUAAAAUGGUUCGCGAUUGCGUCAUGAAAAACAAGAAAGCGAUUGAAGUGAUAAAGAAAAAAACUGACAGUACAAAAAAUAGAAAAUUCUAAAACUAGGAAAGACUGAACCGAAAAAAACAUCAAGCCCAGCGGAAAAGACAUUUUUCCGUUAUGUGGUAAUGCUUCAUGACAACAAAAAGUAGUUCAAUUCAUGAAAAAUAUCCAAAGCUGAGAUCGACGAUUUGGAAAUGUGAACGGAAUGUUCGUGCGUGGGAAGAGAAUUUGAAUGAGCUUGAGACUUUUCUCUCUAUGUGAAGUACCGGACUCGAAAUGAGAAUCUCCGCAGUUAAAACUCAAUUCUCCGACGUAUUUCAGAGUUUUCUUUCUCUUUAGGAGUCCUCGAAUUGAAGUGAAAAUUGAGUUUUUUAUCGAGGUUCUCAAAGAGUUUGAUGGGCUCAGCAAAAUGGGCUAUUGGAAAGUCUUUGAAGAGCUUUGUGAAGAGAAAAAAAUAAGCAGAACCGUUCCAAAAAAAAUUUUUUUUGAAUGCAUGUUCCCCUCAAAAAGUGAGUUACAGACAGAAAAAUGAUUCUGAAUCUCUUUUUUUAAAAAUCUAUUAUAAAAAUAUAUUCAACAAGUGAGGUUCAUUUAGGGCUUGUGAUUGUUUCGUUCCGUUGAAAAAUCUAAAUACCUACGCGAAUCUUCAAAAGUUAGUGUAGAAUUUUGAAAAAGAACCUAGGAUUCUCGGAUGCGCUUCUCAGUUUCCUCAAAUGACUUCUUCAACUUGAUCACCGCGCGGCGAAAUGUGACUCUGAACGAUCAAGGAUUUGGUUUUUAAUCUGGAAAAUCGAGAAAAAAAGGCUGUAGACGAAAUCGCGUAGACCCAUAGAAGCGUUGGAAUUCGGCGUCGGUGCUUCUUCGCGCAUGAAUUCCCAACGAAAAUUUGUUCGCACUCGCUUCAAACGACCUCAACAUGACCCCCGCCGCACAAGCCAAUUUCAUUAAGUUUGUUUUCUACGGAGAAGUUUGAAAAAUUGAGAGAGGGACUCCCAAGAAAAAGUCUCGUCGCCAUAAAAAAGUCAUGCUUUUCUUUUCGUAGAACACUUUUGAGAAACUGCGCAAAAAUUAUAGAUUGGAAGGUUUCUAAAUGAAUCAUAAACUUGUUUCUUCCCUUAAUUUUUAUUCAAAAAAAAAAAUUAAACUUCUUGAAACUUUUUCUUUUAAGAAAAAAAUAUGCACCACAAACUAUUAAUUUUAAGGCAGAACCUUUUUGGUUCAGGGAAAAGAGUCGAGACAGCUUCAAGUGGGUCUACGAACCCACGCAAAAAAGGACAAAAGCUCUUGUUCAUUUCGAAAGAUUCAUCAAAGUUUUUUCGAAGGUCCAUGAGAUUCAGAGAAAUUCCAUUGAUGAAAUACUGCCGUUUUAAGUGCUAUUCGGUCUCAGAAAAUGGGAAUAAAGCUAUGAAGCGAAUCUUUUUAUGGGAAUCAUUCUUUCAGAUGCAUUCAAUGGUCUUCAAUUCCAUUUUUCGAUAAAAAUAUGAUGCUAUUAUUUUUGAUUAAGUGAAAAUGCCCAAGCUACAGAUUGAAUCAAACUGAUUAGAGGAAACUGUUUUUCAAAAAGUUAAUGAAAUAAUUUACAUGAAAGGAAAUCUAGUAUACUCAAAAGAACAAUAUUGAAACGGCCGAGAAUAGUUCCAAAAAAAUUACUAUAGUGAAUAUUAAAUAAAAAAAGUUUCUUAUUAAAAAAAUUAACAAAUGAAGCGUAACUUCUUAUAUAUAAAUUCAAAAAAAUUUUCAAGAAGAAUUUUUUUCCCCAACGAAAUUACUGAUCCUAUCAUAUUUUAUAUGAUACGAAAAAUGCCUAUCACUGUGACUUCUCGAUGUAAUGGAUGCUUUUGAAGAUUCGAACCUACGCAAAGACGAUCCCGGACUGUUGGUCCAUACGAGAAUUCUGCGCCGGCGCCGUACAACCCUCAACCCUACAGGAACCCUUUCAGCGCUGCUUAUAGGUUUCUUUUUCUAUAUUUCUGAUUUAUCAUAACUUGAACUUCAGUUUUCCAAUUGAGUUAUGAUAUCAUAAUUAUCAAAAGCAGAAAUCAUAUAAUUGACCUCACAAAACGGUCAUUAGUUCAAUGAAUGAACAUCAACACAUUUUCUUCAUUGUCUGAUGUUUAAUCUGAUGAACUGAAAAAAAAAACCUCGAAAAAAGGUUUUUGAGGCUGAAGGAUAAAUAUUAUAGAAGCGAAAAAUCUUGUCAAUUUUCUCGACUACUAAGAGAAAGUGUGUGUGUGAUCAAAACUUUUUGAAGCAAAGGCGGAAAAUUUUGAAAAAAAAAAGGUUAGCAGGCUGUCUAACUGUCAAAACACUUCUAGGAACUUAAAGGCAUAGGGGCAGUAAAAAACGGUGUUUUAGUUCAAAGCAGUACUUUGUAGAGUUUUUCAUUGCGAAUCGAACGGUGAACUUUGAAACGUACCAAACUUCCUAGUUUUGGAGAAAAAGUAAUUCAAAGUCGGAGAGAGGGAAGUUUGAGUUCCCGCAAAAAGAGCACUUUGCAGUAAAGUUGCUCUAUGGACAACAGGCUUCGCCAUCUUCCGGAUUUUCGCUUUUUUCUUCGUUUCUUUCAAUUUUCAAUUUUUUCUGUUGUCACCAAAGUUCUUUUCGUCACAAAAGCUUUCUAUUCAUGAAUAAUUUGCAAACUUUGAUCGCAAAAACGCUUCUUUGGUGAAAAAUGAUGAUUUCACACAGGUUUCGAUUGGGAUAACAUUAUUUUGUUUUUUCUUUAUUAUCGGUGUGUGUUUUUUGUUUGACUAAAUGUUUUUUCAGAGAAGAAACCCUUAAUUUGAAGCAGAUACCCGGUUAUUUCUGACAAAAUGCGAGUCUAAUGAGACUUCCGCAACAUCGCGUGCACGACUACUGUAAACAUUUGUCUGCAUACCGAUCCAAAGCUUUUUUCAAAAAUAAAAGCGGGAAAGUAAAAUCGCGUUUUUCUUCUAAAGUGGUCACAUAUUUAAUUUUUUUGAGUACACCAUUCGACUCGGAAAGAAAAACUAUAUAAGAUACUGCUUUCACCUGAAACCCCAUUUUUUACUGCCCCUAUGCCUUUAAGAGUGGCUAACAUAAUUUUAUACAGGAAAUAUUAGUAGUAAUCGCAAACAAUUUAUUUAAGGAUGACGUAAUGAAAAUAUAAAUUUGGUGAAGAUUAUUUCAUUAAGAGUGUAAAUAUACGAAGGAAACCUCCCAGUUAUUCAAGAAUUCAGAGCCUCGCCAUUCACGUCACACACGGCUCGCCGCAGCAAGACGCCAGUUUCUUUUGACCGGUCCGCCAAUUUCGCCUACGAUCGGAACGAUGUCUCUCAGGGUGAGUUAGGAAAGAUCAAAUAUGAAAAGAAACAAGUUUCACAUAACACUUAGUGUUCUGAGAAGCAAAACAGUUUUUUCUCAAUGAAAAUCCGUCAUUCCUCAAGUCGAAUAGGUUUUUUUUCAUUAUUGUUAUUAAAAGAAACCUUAAAAUUUCAUGUAGAUAAUUCUCUCGAGUUAAUUUCCAAAAUAUAAAAUAGCAAAUAGCUAAAGUCAUCAAAAGUAUCCCUGGAACGAAAAGAAACCGAAUAGGAGUUCCAAUUAAACAGCCAAGUUAUCCAAUUAUACCGCUUCAGAAGAGACGGAUACACUUCAGAAAAUAUAAAAACGUUCAAAAGGAACAUUAUGACAAAUUUAGCUUCUGAAAAAAAAAACGUCAGAAACGUAUUGAGCAAAAAAAUUUCGAUUAAAAGCUCUCAAACAUGAAAAAGGGUUAGACUUUCAUUUUAAUGACGCUUAUUUUUAAUUUCAACCCCAUUUGGAAGCACUCAUUCUGAAUUUUCUAUCAAUUGAAAUCGGUUUCUGAGUUAAUACUUUAUUAAGUGCUAUUGGUUAACCAACGAACAGAUGAACGCGACGAAAAUUCGCAAGAUCAUCUCUUCGACAUUUUUGUACUUCCAGUUUUCCAAAGCAACUGCCGGCAGAGCUCAAAAAGCUCUUUUGCGAUCAAAUAAAUCUACCAAUAGAACAGCAAAACUUUAAAAACUGGACCGUUAGAACUUCCCACAAAACUCCGAUGCGUGCAAGUUUUUGAAGCAGUUCAGGAGGAGCUGUGGAAUCGUCGGUGCGACAGUGGCCACCGCCGAGCAACGCCACUGGAGCUCUCACGAAGGACGACUGGGUACAGAGAAGCAUGAGAGACCAGGACGACUCUGGCAUGGUCACCACCAUGUGCAGAAGUUGGUUUUCUCCCUUUGCAAACUUUUUAUUACUCUCUAGACGUCGCUAACUAGUCCAAUAACAACUACUCAGAAGUUCUUAACUUUACUAUAUAGAAUUCUCAACUCUAUUUUUUUGAAAAAAAGGGUACUACAGAUUCAGUAACGCCAAAAAAAACUUCAACGCUAUAAUGUGAAAAAUUUGUAAAAAAAAAAAGCUGAUUUUUCGGAAUCAAGAAAAUAAUUUUUGAUUAUUGUUUUGAGGAAGUAGCUUAUCAUCGAUGGCUCACAGACUACGGUAUUGAAAAACAAAAUGAAUGCAGACGGCUGUUUUUUUUUCAAUUUUUCCGAACCCUCUCACUUCGUAUCUAAUUGUUUUUGACUGAAAAUCGCCUAUCUCUUUCUGACAUCAUUCGAAAACAAAUAAGAAGGAGCCCAACUUCGUUAUGCUUCCAUUCAGAGAUCUCAUGUGUUUCGAUCCUCUUUUGCGAACUCUCCGAAAGAUUUCCUUAUAUUUUUUCGAAAUUUUUUUUGAGCCAAAGAAUCAAACUAUUGAAAAAAUAUCAAUGAGCGUCCAACAGCAACUUUUCUUUUCUUGGUUUUCCGUCAUUGUCAUUUUGCCUUAGAAGAAGACAAAUCUCUUGUUUCAACAAUUUUAUUCGGCGAAAAUGAAGUAACUGUUUCUACCAACCUGUACACAUGAAAUUAAAUAGAAAGGCGGUACCUUUUUCAGCGCUACAGCUUCGAAUUUGUGUUAUGCUCUAUCUUUUUGACACCCAGUUGCUUGAGUUGACCAAUGAUUUCGUCGGGACAGUGAGCACCUGUAAAAUAUUUAUUUUUAUUCAUCGAUUUUUUCUUUUCCUGUUUUUAACAAAAUAAUCUUCGAGGUCGCUGAUAAAUGAUCAAAGUAAAAUUUUAAUAUAUUUGCUGCAGGGGUUGUUGAGAGGAAACGGGACGAGAACUGGAAAUGGCGGGACGAAAACGGCAGACUGGUGGACGAGAAGAAUCACAACACAUGGAAGGUUGUUCUUUAUUGGAACAGAUCCUUUCUUAAGCAAAAACUCUAGGGAGAACUCGACACUUUGCUCCGCGAUGGACCUAACGAGGGCAGACAUUGGAGCCGAACCGUUGAGCGUAUGCCGACAGGUUUUUCAAACAUUCAACAGAACUAUUUUUUCCGCGAACUAAUUAAUAUAAUAAUUUAUAUAAAAAGAACCUGCCAAAAGAUAUUUUUUUCAAAGUUUCACACGCAAAUAAGACCAUUUUGAAGUAAUUGUGUUUAGGAGAUACCCGCUUCCAAGACGUCAACCGCCAGUACAACCGCGAUUUUGUUGUUGAGGUAUUAUCCGUGAGUCUCGGUACAACAAAAAAUUAUUUUAUUUCAGAGCAUUGUUCGGAACUAUUGAAAAAUUGAACAACUUUUCGACUUUUUUUCUCAUUUUUUUGAGAAUUUCACUUCCGGUUUUUUUUUUCUGAUUGUUAUAUUUAUGUGGUGGUGAUGGUAGUGAGUACAUUUAGUUGGAUGAUCUGAAUAAAUUUUAUCUUUUACUCUUGUGACGAUUCACUUUCCCAAAUAAAAAUUUUUUUUAUUAAAGUCACUGCAAUUCGUUCUCUAGCCUCUUUUUUGUGGUAUGUCUACAAACGCCGCCUUCGGAUUAUGAAGUGACGAAACGACCCGAGGAAUGAAAGACCCUGCAAAAGAAUUGCUAUCCGCGAUCGUAGUACGCUUUCUUGCGACAGAUCUCUAAUCAAUAAACUCAAAAUUCAAUUGCCUGAAAACGCCUGAUAAAAUACUAGCGCUUAUCGGCACAUUAUCGAUACAAUUUUCUUGAAGAUGCUCAUUUUCUUGUCCGUUUUUCUGUUACAAGUUGCGGACAGCUUCUCGCAUGGGGUUCGCCAAAACGCUCGGGUUGGUCAUCAGAAGUUUAUAAAACUUUCAUCUAUAGACAUUCUCUGAAAAAUAUCGAAAACUUCUUUUUUACUGAAUAACCAAUAUUAAAGGGUCGUUCGAAAGUUGAGAUCUCGGAGGCGGCGUACGCGUGUCCCCUGAACAACGACUUCUACUACCAUGGCGUCAUUUCAUCGCCUAACUACCCAAAUAUGUAUCCUCCCAGCACGAAAUGCUACUAUUACAUAACUGCCGAACCUGGAAAAGUGCUCAGGUUUGCAAUCGAGUUUUCUCAUUUCUGAGUACUUUUUCUGAGUAUUUUCUCAAUCAAACUAAAGGUGCUAUAGAUUUGUAGCAACUGGAAGAAUCAUCAUCGUUGUGUAAAAGUUAUAUUCAACUCAAUAAUUCUCUCCUCUGACGAAAAUUCAUCGUUUUUAAAUUCGAUAGCGAUCGAACUUGUUAACUCUGAAAGUUAAUUGAAAGCGAUUGAAAUUUUAAGAAUUUUAGCAUAAUUUUUUUCUGUUAACAAGUAUACUUGAUUGUUUUUUAUAAAAGUACCAGAAAAAAUCUUCAAUGUUUGCAAUAUAAAUUAAGUUUAAUCCGAAAAAAUCGAUUAUGCGAAACAAAGUUUUUACAGUACUUUACAAUAUCUCAUUGAUUUUUACAGCUUCAAGUUUUCCCAAUACGACUUGGAAACUUGUUGCGACUAUGUAACAAUAUACGAUGGUCCGUCCGUCAACAGCAAAGUUCUUGCACAGUUAGUUUCCGGUUAAAGCCAGUUAUGCGACGAAAAAAGUUUAGAUUCGGGGGCCCUAAAACAAAUUUGACCACGCCAAGCGGUACUUAUUAUACUACCACUCGAAACGCCGUCGUUACUUUCCAAAGUAAUGAAGUAAUUCAAAGGUCCGGCUUCUCUUUCACCUAUAACUCAACUUUUUGUGAGUUUUAAUUAUUAAAAUUCGAGCAUUGUGAUUGAUUACAGCUACCACUCCUUGUAACCGCGAUAUUCUCUUGGUAAUAAAUGGAAUGGCUACGGUGGGAACACAGAGUAACUUCCAAAAGGUCGCCAAUUAAAACGAUGAUGAGUCUUAAUUCGGUUGAUUUUAGCAGUUGCAAUUCCUCGCAAACAAGCUCACACCAACAUGGCAAAUCGGAGCGGACAAGGUCCGCGCCAUGAUCAACUUCCAGGUAUUUUCUUUUCUGUUAGUGUGAAUUUUCCCAUUGACCCACGUGCCAGACUGACAUAGACUACGCCGUAAUCUGGGGAUAUGAAGAUAUGCCGACAAAUACGGAGCUAUCGAAGACAAUUCUUUCGCUAACCGACUACGUGCCUGACGUUACUCAAAACAAUAGCACCGAUCUUGAAUGGUAUGAGCAAUGCGCGGAAAUAAAUAUUCGACCUUUUAGAAUUUCAACAAAAAAACUUUCGAACAAACGAAAAAAUCAGAAGAAAAAAAAACUUCUAUAUGCAAUUUGAAGUUUUUCGAAACUGUAGGCUUUUAUCAAGACAUUUGGCACAAAAAAAAAUAUGAAACUCACUCAAUUGCUUCAAUUGAAUCUUAAUUACAGCCUUUUCCGAUACACUUACGAUUCUUUCGACUCACUGGGGAAAAAAGAUUUCAACGAACGUGACGGCAUAGAGCAUGUCGCCAUUGUAUUUGUUUCUUCGAAUGCAAAGUAAGUCAAAUAUUAGCAAAUAAUGGAGUGUUUUCGUUUUUUUUUUCAGCUCGGAACAAGACUUCUACGAAGCUCUUGAGUUCUCACAUCUUACAAGGACAGCGGAAGACACAAAAAUUAUAAUAGUUGGAAUGGGGAGCUCUCUUCAACAGCAACAAAUCGCACAGCUCGCCUACGCAAACGGCUUUGCAUUUUUCUCAGGCUACGACCAACUAGAUUCUUUGGUAUCUUCCAUUAACAAUGCUCUGUGUAAAGGUCUCAACACGCAGUGUGGACCUUGA